AUGUCGUAUUCGCAACUCGUUUCCUCUGGCCUCUCUUUUCUCGCCCGCUUUUCACCUGUAUCCAACCAGUCCUUCGCGCCUCGACUUACAUCUACAUUCAGCCCUGCGCUUAGCUCCGGCAGAUUCCUUUCUGCUUGCUCCCUCCGAGAUUCUGGCGGCGAUAAUUCAUUUCCUCCUAUCGGAAACAUUACAGUCGCUAGCAGGAGGGUUAAACGCGGCGCGGUAUCAGCGGAAGGCGGAGCGGGCGGAAGCCGCGCACCGAGGCCCGCGCAGCAAGGGGGUGGGGAGAAGCGCGGACCAAGGGGGGCCGGAUUGCAGGGAGGGGAAAGUCGGGAGGUGAGGGGGGCGGAAACGUUACCCGAGGGAUCGCAGGGCUCGCGGAAUGAGCGCGGGCGCGACGGGAGAGACGCGCAGGGGGGGGCGCAAGGGUGGGUGGGCAUAGGGGGGUCUAAAGCGGAAGCCCUGCGCGUGCGUGUGGGAUGGAGAUGGGCGGAAGACGAGGGGAACGCGGAGGCGGAAGCGGAGGCGGAGGGGGCGCUGGGGGAGACGCCAUUGCAGAAGAGACGGAGGUUUGGGCAGGCUGUGGAGAAAAUGAAGGGGGACGCGGCGCGCAGGCGGAAGCUGGCAGAGAAGGGGCUUCCGCCGCACCCCCUUGGCGCGCCAGGCAACGGGCUGCUGGUCCCCCGCCUGGUGCCCGUGGCGCACCGCACUCUCGCGCUCUGGCUGUCCCUCCAGGCGAAGAUCCCACGCCUGCUUGACGCCGUGCCCGCUCAUGCCUGCAGGCUGCUGGAGGCAGUGCCUCGUGCAGGUUGGGCCGUUGUUGCUGCUGCUGCUGCUGCUGCUGCUGCUCCCUCUUCCCCAACUCUCUCCCCUUUCUCCCCCCACCACUCAUCUCUGCUGGGGCCGUUGCAAGCCUCCUUCGCGAACCACUCUAACCGCCCCUUCUCCUCCAACCCCACGCCCCUUCUCCUCCAACCCCACGCCCCUUCUCCUCCAACCCCACGCCCCUUCUCCUCCAACCCCACGCCCCCCACCCCCACAUGGCCCCCCUUGCCUCCGUCCCCCAUCUUCCCCAUCCCGCCAGGCGGUGUCCAGAGGUGGUGUCCGGAGGUCUCCAUUGCCCACCACCCGCACGUCAUCCGCAACUGCAAGGGUCCGAAGCUGCACAGCUGUUCGGGCAGCCCGGGCAGCCAUGAAUGGGCGCCUGCCACGCCUUCUGACAUCCUCCCGGUCAUCGAAAGUUUUCAUCUGCCCGAUCGUCUGCGCCCCCGUGUGCCGCACGAGGCGAGAUUCGAUGUGGAGAGGAUCCCAGCUGUCAUAGAGCUGUGCGUUCAGGUGAUUCUUCAGGUUCAGGCCAUUCAUCAAGUUCAGGUGAGCUUUCAGGUGACUUGUAAGUCAUCCCACCCCUCCCCGCCCCCCUGCAGGCCGGGCGAGGGUGGGUCUCCCAGCGGCAUGGGCCCACUGCUUCGCACGUUCGCACGCCACCAUCCCUUCCUUCCCCACUCGGUGCUCUCUGUAGAGCAUCUUGCAUGUAUGAACAAGCGAGACACGCACCCAACCCACAAGUCCGCAUGCUCUGUGCUCACCAUGUGGUCCAUCAUCCGUCCACCACCCGUGUUCUGCCUUGCACACCCGUGUUCUGCCUUGCACACCCGUGUUCUGCCUUGCACACCCGUGUUCUGCCUUGCACACCCGUGUUCUGCCUUGCACACCCGUGUUCUGCCUUGCACACCCGUGUUCUGCCUUGCACACCCGUGUUCUGCCUUGCACACCCGUGUUCUGCCUUGCACACCCGUGUUCUGCCUUGCACACCCGUGUUCUGCCUUGCACACCCGUGUUCUGCCUUGCACACCCGUGUUCUGCCUUGCACACCCGUGUUCUGCCUUGCACACCCGUGUUCUGCCUUGCACACCCGUGUUCUGCCUUGCACACCCGUGUUCUGCCUUGCACACCCGUGUUCUGCCUUGCACACCCGUGUUCUGCCUUGCACACCCGUGUUCUGCCUUGCACACCCGUGUUCUGCCUUGCACACCCGUGUUCUGCCUUGCACACCCGUGUUCUGCCUUGCACACCCGUGUUCUGCCUUGCACACCCGUGUUCUGCCUUGCACACCCGUGUUCUGCCUUGCACACCCGUGUUCUGCCUUGCACACCCGUGUUCUGCCUUGCACACCCGUGUUCUGCCUUGCACACCCGUGUUCUGCCUUGCACACCCGUGUCCUGCCUUGCACACCUGUGUUCUGCCUUGCACACCCGUGUUCUGCCUUGCACACCCGUGUUCUGCCUUGCACACCCGUGUUCUGCCUUGCACACCCGUGUUCUGUCUCGGAGACCGCCGUUUUAUCUUGCACACCCGUGUUCUGCCUUGCACACCCGUGUUCUGCCUUGCACACCCGUGUUCUGCCUUGCACACCCGUGUUCUGCCUUGCACACCCGUGUUCUGCCUUGCACACCCGUGUUCUGCCUUGCACACCCGUGUUCUGCCUUGCACACCCGUGUUCUGCCUUGCACGACCCGUGUUCUGCCUUGCACACCCGUGUUCUGCCUUGCACACCCGUGUUCUGCCUUGCACACCCGUGUCUGCCUUGCACACCCGUGUUCUGCCUUGCACACCCGUGUUCUGCCUUGCACACCCGUGUUCUGCCUUGCACACCCGUGUUCUGCCUUGCACACCGUGUUCUGCCUUGCACACCCGUGUUCCUGCCUUGCACACCCGUGUUCUGCCUUGCACACCCGUGUUCUGCCUUGCACACCCGUGUUCUGCCUUGCACACCCGUGUUCUGCCUUGCACACCCGUGUUCUGCCUUGCACACCCGUGUUCUGCCUUGCACACCCGUGUUCUGCCUUGCACACCCGUGUUCUGCCUUGCACACCCGUGUUCUGCCUUGCACACCCGUGUUCUGCCUUGCACACCCGUGUUCUGCCUUGCACACCCGUGUUCUGCCUUGCACACCCGUGUUCUGCCUUGCACACCCGUGUUCUGCCUUGCACACCCGUGUUCUGCCUUGCACACCCGUGUUCUGCCUUGCACACCCGUGUUCUGCCUUGCACACCCGUGUUCUGCCUUGCACACCCGUGUUCUGCCUUGCACACCCGUGUUCUGCCUUGCACACCCGUGUUCUGCCUUGCACACCCGUGUUCUGCCUUGCACACCCGUGUUCUGCCUUGCACACCCGUGUUCUGCCUUGCACACCCGUGUUCUGCCUUGCACACCCGUGUUCUGCCUUGCACACCCGUGUUCUGCCUUGCACACCCGUGUUCUGCCUUGCACACCCGUGUUCUGCCUUGCACACCCGUGUUCUGCCUUGCACACCCGUGGUUUGCCUUGCACACCCGUGUUCUGCCUUGCACACCCGUGUUCUGCCUUGCACACCCGUGUUCUGCCUUGCACACCCGUGUUCUGCCUUGCACACCCGUGUUCUGCCUUGCACACCCGUGUUCUGCCUUGCACACCCGUGUUCUGCCUUGCACACCCGUGUUCUGCCUUGCACACCCGUGUUCUGCCUUGCACACCCGUGUUCUGCCUUGCACACCCGUGUUCUGCCUUGCACACCCGUGUUCUGCCUUGCACACCCGUGUUCUGCCUUGCACACCCGUGUUCUGCCUUGCACACCCGUGUUCUGCCUUGCACACCCGUGUUCUGCCUUGCACACCCGUGUUCUGCCUUGCACACCCGUGUUCUGCCUUGCACACCCGUGUUCUGCCUUGCACACCCGUGUUCUGCCUUGCACACCCGUGUUCUGCCUUGCACACCCGUGUUCUGCCUUGCACACCCGUGUUCUGCCUUGCACACCCGUGUUCUGCCUUGCACACCCGUGUUCUGCCUUGCACACCCGUGUUCUGCCUUGCACACCCGUGUUCUGCCUUGCACACCCGUGUUCUGCCUUGCACACCCGUGUUCUGCCUUGCACACCCGUGUUCUGCCUUGCACACCCGUGUUCUGCCUUGCACACCCGUGUUCUGCCUUGCACACCCGUGUUCUGCCUUGCACACCCGUGUUCUGCCUUGCACACCCGUGUUCUGCCUUGCACACCCGUGUUCUGCCUUGCACACCCGUGUUCUGCCUUGCACACCCGUGUUCUGCCUUGCACACCCGUGUUCUGCCUUGCACACCCGUGUUCUGCCUUGCACACCCGUGUUCUGCCUUGCACACCCGUGUUCUGCCUUGCACACCCGUGUUCUGCCUUGCACACCCGUGUUCUGCCUUGCACACCCGUGUUCUGCCUUGCACACCCGUGUUCUGCCUUGCACACCCGUGUUCUGCCUUGCACACCCGUGUUCUGCCUUGCACACCCGUGUUCUGCCUUGCACACCCGUGUUCUGCCUUGCACACCCGUGUUCUGCCUUGCACACCCGUGUUCUGCCUUGCACACCCGUGUUCUGCCUUGCACACCCGUGUUCUGCCUUGCACACCCGUGUUCUGCCUUGCACACCCGUGUUCUGCCUUGCACACCCGUGUUCUGCCUUGCACACCCGUGUUCUGCCUUGCACACCCGUGUUCUGCCUUGCACACCCGUGUUCUGCCUUGCACACCCGUGUUCUGCCUUGCACACCCGUGUUCUGCCUUGCACACCCGUGUUCUGCCUUGCACACCCGUGUUCUGCCUUGCACACCCGUGUUCUGCCUUGCACACCCGUGUUCUGCCUUGCACACCCGUGUUCUGCCUUGCACACCCGUGUUCUGCCUUGCACACCCGUGUUCUGCCUUGCACACCCGUGUUCUGCCUUGCACACCCGUGUUCUGCCUUGCACACCCGUGUUCUGCCUUGCACACCCGUGUUCUGCCUUGCACACCCGUGUUCUGCCUUGCACACCCGUGUUCUGCCUUGCACACCCGUGUUCUGCCUUGCACACCCGUGUUCUGCCUUGCACACCCGUGUUCUGCCUUGCACACCCGUGUUCUGCCUUGCACACCCGUGUUCUGCCUUGCACACCCGUGUUCUGCCUUGCACACCCGUGUUCUGCCUUGCACACCCGUGUUCUGCCUUGCACACCCGUGUUCUGCCUUGCACACCCGUGUUCUGCCUUGCACACCCGUGUUCUGCCUUGCACACCCGGUGUUCUGCCUUGCACACCCGUGUUCUGCCUUGCACACCCGUGUUCUGCCUUGCACACCCGUGUUCUGCCUUGCACACCCGUGUUCUGCCUUGCACACCCGUGUUCUGCCUUGCACACCCGUGUUCUGCCUUGCACACCCGUGUUCUGCCUUGCACACCCGUGUUCUGCCUUGCACAACCCGUGUUCUGCCUUGCACACCCGUGUUCUGCCUUGCACACCCGUGUUCUGCCUUGCACACCCGUGUUCUGCCUUGCACACCCGUGUUCUGCCUUGCACACCCGUGUUCUGCCUUGCACACCCGUGUUCUGCCUUGCACACCCGUGUUCUGCCUUGCACACCCGUGUUCUGCCUUGCACACCCGUGUUCUGCCUUGCACACCCGUGUUCUGCCUUGCACACCCGUGUUCUGCCUUGCACACCCGUGUUCUGCCUUGCACACCCGUGUUCUGCCUUGCACACCCGUGUUCUGCCUUGCACACCCGUGUUCUGCCUUGCACACCCGUGUUCUGCCUUGCACACCCGUGUUCUGCCUUGCACACCCGUGUUCUGCCUUGCACACCCGUGUUCUGCCUUGCACACCCAUGUUCUGCCUUGCACACCCAUGCGGGUGUAGACCUGCCCGGCCUGCGCACCGUGCGCCGAACCGAACCUGUGCAGACCACCAGGCCUGGCACCGGCCGGGCCUGGGUGGCAGGCUUGGAGGGCGAAUCGGAGUCAGGAGUGUUUAAGAGGGGAGCUUAUAAGGGGGGCGAGGGGGAUGUGGUGAAGGCGAUUCUAGAGAUGGCUGAGAUGGAAGCCAUGGGGGCGGAGGUGGCGUGGGAUGAAGGGUCCAGGGGUACGAUGAGGCGGGGGGAGGGGGGGUGGAGGGUGUUGGUGGAGGAGGGUGGUGGGGGCAAGAUGGAGAGAUGGUUGGAGAGUAGGUGCAAUACAGAGGUGGAUAGGAAGGAGAAAGGGAAGGGGGAGGAGAAAGAGGAGAAAGAGGAGGAAGAGGGAGGAGAGGACGGAGACGAAGCAGCGGAAGGGCAGGGGAGUCUAAGGGAGGUGGCAGAGGAGGCGUUGAGGGAGUGGCAGGCGGUGAGGGAGGGCGUGGAGAGGGUGAUGGGCAAGUACCCCGUGAUGGUGUGCGGGUACUGCCCCGAGGUGCACGUGGGUGGUGCUGGGCACAAGGUGCGUCUGUGCAACGCGUCCAAGCAGCAGUGGCGCCACGGGCAGCACGGGUGGCAGCCGGCAGUGCUGGCAGAUCUGCUCCCCCCCGUGCCCGUCUACCACACGCGCCACCCCUCCGGCCCUCCGCUGCUGCACGAGCUGAGGGCCUUCUACGGCCGAGUGCCCGCGCUGGUGGAGCUCUGUGUGCAGGCCGGGGCGCCUGUUCCGGAUAAAUGGCGGAGGCACUUGAGGCUGGAUGUUGCAAUCCCUGAUGUCAGCGACGUGGACAAUGUGGUGUGA